AUGUGUGUCGGCUUCGCCGGCGAUGCCGUGGCCGCUGCCAGUGACAGUGACAUUAAUUACGACGACGGCAACGGUGGCGAGUGGCCAGGUGGAGGAGCACGCGGCGGUCCACCCCUCCACUCCUGGCCAUCACCGUCGUCCUCAUUUUCGUCCUCGUCCUCGGGCAGCGUGCCGGCGCCGGAUAAUUUGGUUCGCUGGAAAGAUCUUCCCCAUCAUCAGCACCACCACCACCACGGCCAGGCUCGGUCCCGAAUGCAUCACGUUCGGCACGAGCAGCACUAUGUGCAAGGUCGUCCUGCGAAGGGUGCGACGAGGCACCCAAUAUCGGACGACCCGUCGAUGCCGAUGCCGAUGCCGACGGAUACCAUCCGCACUACGGUCCACGGACCGCAGCAAAAAUCACGUCAUUCGAACCACAAUCACCGCAAACAUCAGAAGCAUCAUCCAAAACAGUCCUCGGAGUCGUCCGAAGAAGCCUCGGCGGGCACCAAACAGGUCGUGCAGCGGUUCGAGGUGCUGGAUCUUGGCACUACGAAGGAAGCACACCGUGGCUCAAGAGGAUCCGUAAGUCCGGUGGCCACCAACAGGAAGCGUUCGGCAUCCACGUACCACUCGGUGUCCCCGUCGCCCGCUCGCAACUCGUUGUGGGCCGCGGAUGAACCGGCGCGACCAUCCGGGACACAGCCGGCCGCGGUCGGGAAGACGACCCGGGCGACGAAGCAAUACACGCUCCGGUCGGCCAACCCGCACAGCAAGAACUACUUCGAGGAGCUGCUCAACAACUACAAGAGCCACUCGCCUCUGUACAAAGAUCACCAGCCGCAAACCAAAGCCCUUGCGCAGGGUCCCUCCCGGGAGAAACCCCGGCCAAGGACCGGUGCCGGGCUAGUGGCGAAAGCGAAAGCCAAAACUUCCGAUACCACGGAGUACGACUACUCGUACGAGGACGAGCAGGAUGACGGAGGCGUGCAGAACGACGGGACAUUCGGAGAGGCGCCGCCGGCCACCACCACGAAAAUGCCCUCCACAACCCAGCGGGCCCAAGAAGCCCGGGGAAGCGUCGAGGAGGAUUCGAGCGGGGACGGCGACAGUGGCUACAGUGCGUUCUACCAGAAGGCCUACACCAUGCAGAAGAACCCGCGCCGUAGCGGCAACAACCUCUACAACAGUCCGCGGGCCACCGUCAGCAACCAUCAAAAUCAGCUCCGAACCCACGGCAACCCGGUGGACCCGGCCCGGCAAGUGAGCGUCCCAAAGCCGUACUCGUCGAUGACGGAGCUGAAGCAGGUCAAUUUCGGUACCAAAGACGCCGUCGAUCGGAUCUACAGUCAGUACAGUGGGCGAACGAAGGACUACAUGAGCCACCAGGCACAGCUGCACUUUGAGCGCAUCAAGGUGGAAGGUUUGUGCAAGGUGCCCCGCCCAAAGCUGGUGCCCGCCUCAACCAACCGGUCGCUGGACUUUCGGCCCGAUCGCACCAUCCUGCAUCGGUGUGACGACGAAACGGGGUGCUGUAUGCCGUCGGAGACGUGCGUCCCGAAGCACACGGCCACGGUCGAUCUGUACUUCUUCGUGGCACCCGUCCGUGGCCGGUCACACUACCAACCGAGAGCGCUGACGUUCGUCAACCACACCGAGUGUCACUGUGUCCAGCGGGGCGGGGGCACUAGUAGCAGUAGUCAGGCGGCCAGCAGUCCACCCAGUGCCAGUGGGGAGCCACCAAAGCCGCCCGUCGUGUGUCGAUGCCCAAAACACUUUAAGUCCAUCGUGGAUAGCGAAUCCGAGUGCUAUUGUGACUGUCUGGCGGACAAUCGGGACUGCAUUCGAUUCAAGGAGGGACUGGAAAGCUUCUCGAUGGAUGACCGAAGGUGCAUUCUGAAGAGGAGCUGCCACGCACCGCUCUGCAGGCACGGCACGUUCGAUCGGAUCGCCGGCAAGUGCCCGAAGAAGACCGACCGGAUGGACCAACUGUUCUCAGCGGUGUACCGGUGAAGGGAUGCGCCGCCUGAACGCGGACAAUCGUUACCAAAAGCCGGGCCAGAGCCAGAGCAGCGACACUCGAAUUAGAACGAUUUUGCAACGCUACGACGGUGGGGAGGAAAGCCAGGACCGGUCCGGUCCAGGAGUGUGUUAGUAAGUCCAAAGUUAGCCACGGAACGGAGCGGCGCACACUGAAACGUUAUCGACAAUCUUCGAAUGUUAUUUGCACCGGAAACAAGCCGCUUACACGUGUAAGCCGCUUGGUCGGUAGGGCUUUCCUUCGGAAGCUGUGUCCGCCUCGUAAUGCUCACCACCCC